UAUGAGGCAGCUAGUAGCUCUGGGUUGAAAGAAAAUUGUGGACAUAAUUCAGAUAGCAAGCCGUGUGUAGUUGGUGUAUACUUCGUUUGGAUGCAAGUCGUGAUGGAUGUGCAAGGGCAAUAAGCUGGUCAUCUCAAUAAAGGAGAGGGUUCAGCAAGUCACUCAGCAGCAUGCAACCUUGGGUGAUGUUCGCCGUCGCUCCCGUUCACUUCCCGCACAUCACACCAGUGGACGUGCCUUGUGCACGCUCUCUUCUCCGGGGUCAGGAACCUGUGGCCCCAAAUCCUCCACCUUUCCGCUUUCCAGACCAAGUUUGUUCUUGUAUCAUCUGUGUGCAGCAUGGCGCUGCCAGUUCCCCGCUGCUAGCCUCGUCGCCGUCGCCAUGGCAAUGGUCACCGCCACGAUCUCUUGCUCUUAUCCACAGCUCCGGUAUCGCCCCUCUCCUCGAUGCCGGCGCCACGGCCCCGCAGCGGCCACCGUGGCCGCCUUGGCGACGCCGCGGUCGGAGCAGGACAUCGUCAUCGUCGGCGCGGGCGUCGCGGGGCUGGCCACGGCGGUGGCGCUGCGGCGGCUCGGCGUGGGCGCCGCCGUGCUGGAGCAGGGCGACGCCCUGCGCGCGGGCGGCACGUCCCUGACGCUGUUCAAGAACGGGUGGCGCGUGCUGGACGCCAUCGGCGUCGCCGACGAGCUCCGCCCCAAGUACCUCCGCAUCCAGGGCUGGCCGCCGCAGGAUGAGGAUGAGGUCGCCGGGGCGGGAUCUGCGCGAGUUCUCCUUCGACGAGGAAGCUCCCGGGAGGUACGCGCGGUGGAGAGGAGAGCGCUUCUCGAGACGCUUGCUUCUAAGCUGCCACCAGGCGCCAUAUCGUUCUCGUCGAAGCUGAAAUCGAUCUCGGAGCAAGGGCGUGCAGGCACCCUGCUCGAACUGGAAGACGGGAGGCAGAUUCUUGCCAAGAUCGUGGUCGGCUGCGACGGAGUGAACUCGCCGAUCGCGAGGUGGAUGGGUUUCUCGGAGCCCCGGUACGUCGGGCACAUGGCGUUCCGGGGCCUCGCGGAGUACGCCGACGGCCAGCCGUUCGAGCCCAAGGUGAACUACAUCUACGGCCGAGGCGUCCGUGCCGGCUUUGUCCCCGUCUCCGCAACCAAAGUCUACUGGUUCAUCUGCUUCAACAGACAAGAUCCAGGGCCUAAGAUCACCGACCCCACGGCGCUCAAGACCGAGGCGCUGGAGCUCGUCCGCGGCUGGCCAUCGGACCUCCUGGCGGUGAUGCGCAGCACGCCCGAGGGCGCCGUGGUGAGGACGCCGCUGGUGGACCGGUGGCUCUGGCCCGGGCUGGCCCCGGCCGCGUCGAGGGGCGGCCGGGUGGUGCUGGCCGGCGACGCGUGGCAUCCCAUGACGCCCAACCUCGGGCAGGGCGCCUGCUGCGCGCUCGAGGACGCCAUCGUACUGGCGCGCCGCCUCGCCGACGCCGGCGCGGACGGGGCCCAGGCCGCCGCCGCCAUGCGCGCGUACGAGGCGGAGCGGUGGGCGCGCGUGUUCCCGCUCACGGCGCGCGCGGGGCUGGUGGGUGCGCUCGUGCAGUGGGAGAACGCGGCGGUGUGCGCGGCCCGCGACGGCGUGGUCAUCCCCAGGCUCGUCAGGCUGGGACCGUUCCUGGAGCACACCAACUUCGAGUGCGACCUGCUCGAACCGGCGCCGGAGUCGCCAUGACACCGGCACACUAGCUUUCUCCGGCACAAUGUAACUAGUAGUAUAUUGAUUAACCUCUUCUUCGAAAGAUCGAUUAACCUCUGAUUGACAUGUACUCCCUCUAUCUCAUCUCAAAAUAGUAUUUAUUUUAGGGUGAAUUUAUACAAUAUUUGAUAUAUAUGAAUUUAUAUAUGUAUA